CUUCAAGACAACUCCAACUAUCGCAAUCUUCAGAAAAUCAACAUUGAACGUAAACACUCGAGACAGACCUAAACUGACAGGAGCUAUACAUCUUGUGUUCUGAACGGACAUUUCGAUUUUUCUUGACGAUUUUUAAUUGCCUUGCAUAAUGAAGUUUGUCAGAUUCCUGAUGAAGAACGCUGCUUUGGCCAACGUGCCAAAGCAUAUUGACCAUUUCUCUAAAUUCUCACCAUCACCUUUGUCUAUGAAGCAAUUCUUGGAUUUCGGUUCUACAAAUGCCUGCGAGAAGACAUCCUUCGCCUUCCUCAGACAAGAACUCCCCGUCCGGCUGUCCAACAUCAUGAAAGAGCUCAACCUCUUGCCGGACCGGUUGUUGACCACACCAUCGGUGCAGCUGGUGCAACGCUGGUACAUACAAAGCCUUAUGGAGAUCUUGGACUUCCUCGACAAGAGCCCAGACGACCACAGUGUCUUGGAAUCGUUUGUUGAGUCCCUGGAGACCAUUAGGAACAGGCACAAUAAUGUGGUGCCCACUAUGGCGCAGGGCGUCAUCGAGUACAAAGACGCCUUCGGCCAGGACCCGGUCACUAGCCUGAACAUCCAGUACUUCCUGGACCGAUUCUACAUGAGCCGUAUCUCCAUCCGCAUGCUCAUCAACCAGCACACACUUGUUUUCGACGGGAACACCAACCCAGCCCACCCCAACACCAUCGGGUGCAUUGACUCCCUGUGUGAUGUCACUGAAGUGAUUCGAGAUGCGUUUGAGAGCGCCAAGAUGCUCUGUGAGCAGUACUACCUCGGGGCCCCUGAGCUGGAGCUAAGAGAGAUGAACUCCAACAAUGUCAGAGAUCCAAUCCAGAUUUCUUAUAUCCCCUCCCAUCUCUACCACAUGCUGUUUGAGCUCUUCAAGAAUGCCAUGAGAGCUACAAUUGAGACCAAUGAAGUCAGCAACAACCUCCCACCCAUCAGAGUCAUGGUGGCCCUUGGCGGAGAGGAUCUGUCAAUCAAGGUGAUGGAUAGGGGUGGUGGUGUCCCCUUAAGAAAGAUUGAGACUCUCUUCAGCUACAUGUACUCCACAGCUCCCAGACCCGACUUCGGUGACAAUCAGCGGGCCCCACUGGCUGGUUUUGGAUAUGGGCUUCCCAUUUCACGCCUCUAUGCGCGUUACUUCCAGGGAGACCUGCAGUUAUACUCAAUGGAGGGUCAUGGUACCGACGCUGUCAUUCACAUGAAGGCAUUGUCCACAGAUUCAGUGGAGAGGCUUCCUGUGUUCAACAAGACAGCUCUGAAACACUACAAAGUCAACUUGGAGGCAGAUGACUGGUGUGUUCCUAGUAAAGAACCGCUGGACCUGGCCAUAUACAGAGUCGCCAAGUGAACUUUGACCUUUCAAUUACCUUAAGCCCUAAGGAGAGAGAAAAGGGGCCAAAUCUCAAUGGGACCUAAUGUUGACGUGGUGGUGGGGGGAAAGACAUCGCGACCAAUCCUGGAGGAGAUCUAGAAGAGAAGAAGCUUCUGAUUGCACAGCUUUAAAACCCCUAGUGGUUUCCUGUUUCAUGAAGUGGGUAAACCCACUCACUUCCUGUCCCCACUAAUGUUGUGUUCCUAGGAAGGGGGGGGGUUCAGGGAGAGGGGACCGAACCAGUUGCUUUAGAAUGGCCAUCUUCCAAAGUGCAAGUGAUUGUCCAUCUCAAAUUAAACUGCUCCCCAAAUACGAGUAGUCUGCUCUGUAUGCUCCAUCCCACACCAAGGCCCUUAGCGGGAGCCUCCUGCCCCGCUUACAACACCUGGAUUUGGGGUUGACAGUGGAGGGGAGCAUGAAAGUGAAGGAGGGGUGGCGGAGAAGGAGAAAAACCAAGGCGGAAGUGGGAGAUCUUGUCAUUCCGGUAGAACAUGGGAUCGACCAUUUCAGAGUUGAGAAGGUUUAGGUGAAGUACGUGGUCAUGACUGUAUUCACUGUGAAGAAUAGCCACUUAAUUUGAGUGUCGUUUCAGUGGAGGUUGCAUCAUUUCAAAUCCUUAUCAGAGUAUGGAGAACACACAAAAAGGGGGUGUUACUUAUCAGUUAUCAGUGUUGUAAAGCACGCUGACAGCCAGCGACUGGUUAGCCAGAUCAGCCAUGUCCGGUUAUAACCUGUUAUGAAGGUUGAAGUUGUAGCAACAUAACUACUCGACUGUAUCACAUAGUAUGUGAAACGUGUGUUAAGUUUCAUGAGUGCCUAUUGCCAAGUGGCCCACAUUUCAAACAUCAAACAUUCUAAUGUCCUUGAUAAGUGCCUAUGAAUGCAGACAGAACAGAUUGUGCACAAAUAUUAGCCAAUUGGUCAUUGUUUUCCUGGUAUAAAAAUCCUUUAUUGUAUAUGGACCUACUUUUGUUUGGAUUGGUCAGUGAGAAAAAUGUAUACGCAACAUUGUUUCCAUUAGCUUGAACAAAAUGUCCAAAACGCGAGCAAGUGCAGACAGCCGACUGUGUAGUUUGUAAUUGUGUUUGAUGGAAUUCCUUGCCUGUGUGAAUAGCUUGAGGUAGAAGGAAAAUGUGGAGAUGUAUUUCCUAAGAUGGACGACUGGACUAUAGAAGUUUGUUAAUGGUACCACCGUAGUGACAGUUUGUCCUGCUUUGCAAUAGCAUGAACACUAUUGGUCCAGGUGUGUGCGCAUCCCUAAUUGUAGCUGACCCAGUCCACUGAGUAUCUUCUAAUCAAGCCAAAACACCAGUUUGGUUUGCAUUAUACUUGAAUUGAACAAAAUGUACAUUUCAAAUGUCUUAUUUUUUAGGAAUAAAGUGAUUAUGUAAAAUAAAUUAUGUCAAAUAAUGAA